UGAUUGCUCAGUUUACCUGUUUGAGUCAGUGGGGGCAGUGGAAUUUUUAAGGACAAUGAAACACAGUCAAGUACUAGCCAGCGUAUGCCAGACUUCAGCUGGUUUGAAGGUGCAGAGACCAUCUCUGAACGUCCCCCGACACAUGCAAGAGUUACGCUGCAGAAGCUUCUCCUCAGCCACUCGCUUUGGUCGGCAGUGAACCUGAUUUAAGGAACUCAUUGCUGUGUGCUCAUCUGAGAAGAAAAUAUGGUCAGUGGUGCACUGCAAAUUGCUGGACUAGUUGUUGGAGGCAUUGGCUUGGUGGGGACCUUCGCAAUCACUGGUAUGCCUCAGUGGAGAGUAUCUGCCUUCAUUGAAAACAACAUUAUAGUGUUUGAGACCAUUUGGGAAGGGCUGUGGAUGCAAUGCAUUCGGCAAGCUAAUAUCAGGAUGCAGUGCAAAGUCUACGACUCUCUUCUGGCUCUUUCACCUGAUCUACAAGCAGCUAGAGGACUGAUGUGUUCUGCUUCUGCACUCUCAUUUCUGGCUUUGAUGAUAGCCAUUAUUGGCAUGAAGUGCAUUACCUGCGCUGAGAACAAUGUACGAGUCAAAGGUUAUAUUCUGCUGACUGCUGGAAUCCUCCUCAUCGUGUCCGGUAUCAUGGUGCUCAUUCCCGUGUGUUGGGUUGCCAAGUCCAUCAUCAGAGACUUCUACAAUCCAGCUGUCAACCUAGCACAGAAACGAGAGCUCGGAGAGGCCCUUUACAUAGGUUGGGUAUCUGCCUUCUGUCUCAUCGCUGGGGGAGUUAUAUUCUGUUGCUUCUGCCCUUGCGAUGAGAAAAACAGACGCUACAGGUACUCAGCGCCUUCCCAGCAGACACGCUACAAAACUUACACGGAAAGGAAAACAGAAAGUUCAUACUCCAAAAGCCAGUAUGUCUAACGGCUUCUUAGUUUAUUAGGUCAGCAAGUCAAGCUAUGUGAAUGGACUUCAGGGUCUACACUGAACUGCAAGUAGACUAGGAAAACAUUAUUUGUAUUCCAUAGUAUAACUACAAAAGGUACCACUGAAUCCAUGGAGUGUAGUUAAAUUUGUGAAUCCCACUGUAAUUAAUACUGCAACCUAACAUAGUGUAUUUAUAAAGUUUUAUCACAGGAAAAGAAAUCAUGCCCUUAUCUUUAUGAUGGUUUAAAGGUUUAAAAUUGUUUUAGAAAUAUUUGCAUCCUUGCCAAGGUGAAUGUUUAAGUGCUCUUUCAUAGUUAUUUUGAAUAUUUAGAUUUAAAUGGUUCUAUUUCAGGAUUGUAUUUCAUAUUGCGCAUGUUACAAAUGGGCUUAUGUGACUCCAUUGUGAUUAAAAAAUCCUGAUAAUUUGCUAUGAAGAAAUGAAGCAAAGCAACUUUUUGUGGGGGAAGGAAUGGAUGAUAAGACUUAGUAACAGCAAUGUAAUACACUGAAUCCAAGAUGAAGCUUCCCCCCAAUGCUGAUUGGGGAAAAGAAUAAGUGCAGCUAAGGGAUGCAUGUACUGUCAUUUUAAAGAAGGGUAAAGUGAAAGGUUUGUUCAUCAGUGUUAAGAAGCCACAAAAAAUUGAAAAAUAUCCUUUAUUUCAAACAGUACAUUUAAAAGAUCACAUGUUGUUUUGUAUUUACCUGGAAACAUAACAAUCUACACCCCUGUAAUCUUUUAAUAAUAAAUUCAUAUUUGGUUUUGAAA